AUGAUUGUCCGUGGUUGUAGCGCGCUUACUCAAUCUCCGCUGGCUUUUAAUACCAGUGAAAUGGUUGAGGAAGAAGCGCAGGGAUCUCCUGAAGCCUCGCUUUCCCUCCACAUGUGGGGGGAUAAGUAUGGUUCAGAGUUCCCAUGGCCGACUGUAAAUAGUGUAAAUAGACCACCAGUCAGCUUAAAAAACAAGCGACUAAUCUAA